AUGCAGAUGAUGCGCGCAGUCACCCUGAAGGGGUUCGGAGACACGGACAUGCUCCAGAUCUCCUGCAUUCCCAAGGCCGCCAUCACUCGCGGGAGGGACAUUCUCAUCAAGGUGAGUGCGGCUGGAGUCAACCGCGCCGACGCGGCUCAGCGCCACGGUCACUACCUUCCGCCAAAAGGCAGUAGCGAGGUUAUGGGACUGGAGGUGUCGGGUGUCGUUGAGCAGGUAGGGGUCGAUGUGAAGGACUUCAAGGAGGGCGACAAAGUGAUGGCGCUGCUGCGGGGUGGUGGUUACGCCGAAUACGCCGUGGCACACGAGGGCAGCGUCAUGCACAUCCCACGAGGCUACUCCUUCAUUGAGGCAGCCGCAAUACCAGAGGCGUUUCUCACUGCAUGGCAGGCACUCAAGUACCACGGCCACUGUCGCAAGGGCCACCACGUCCUCAUUCAUGCCGGAGCCAGCGGCGUGGGCACUGCGGCAGCGCAGAUCGUCGAGAAGCACUUUCAGGCCUUCGCCGUCACAACCUCCUCAGAGCUCAAGGUGGAGGUGUGCAAGAACUUUGCGAGCAUCAACCUCGCCCGCACCCCGGAUGAGACCGGGAUGUGCUUUUCUCCGAAGGUGAGGAACCUCCUUGGUGAGGGUGCCAUCAAUCUUGUCCUGGACUCUGUCUUUGGUGGGUCGUACAUCUCCGAGGAUGCCGCGGUACUGGCGAAGGACGGCCGCAUCAUCGUGCUCGCCUUCAUGGGCGGCGCAAAGGUGCACUUGAACUGCCUUCCUCUGCUGCGACAGCGCGCGCACAUCAUCUUCUCGAAGCUUCGCUGCCAGUCGGACGACUACAAGGAGAACCUCGUAUGCACAUUCGAGAAGGAAGUACUCCCCUACAUAAAUGAGCGGGUGAUUGUGCCGGUGGCGAACAAGACAUACCCGUUAGAGGAGGUAGCGCAGGCGCACGCGCGACUCGACGACAGCAGGGCGUGGGGUAAGAUCGUGCUAACGUUCAGCAACUCUCUCACAACGACAUCCGUGAAUCGGCUUCCCACUCCAAAGGCGUAG